CUCAUAUGUGUAUAUAAGAGGGUCCUUUUUACUGCCACUUACAUAGUUCUACUAGUACUGACACCAUGAACACUUUUACUUUCUUCGGUCUGCUGGUCUGCGCCAUUUUGGCAAUGGUGAACGCUGCACCUGGACAAAAUGCGCCUGAACCAAUACCGGUUGUAGCAGCUGAUGGCAUCCCCAUAGACGAUGUGCUGGAAGGAGCAGAAUCAAGAGGCUACGGCUACAAUAACGGCGGCCAUGGACACCACGACCACCAUCACCAUCACCACCACGGUCAUUAUGGACAUGGACAUUAGGGUCGAUCACAAACAACAAUGAUGUCCAAAUCAAUAUUGAUGCUUUAAUUUCCUUUUUUUUUCUCUUGCAUUUGUGUAUUUUUAUAAUUUGAAAUUUGAAUUAAACUGAUUAGGUAUUUUUGCAAAA